AUUCGGAAACAGAAAUGACAUCAAAUAAAAGAUCUAAAAUUGUACUAGAAUCAAAUAAUUCACAUGAAUUAAAAAUCGAAGAACAAAAAAUGAAACUUCAAGAACGAGCUAUUGCUAUUCGUGAAAAGGAGGUUGAGCUGCGAAGAAAGGAAGCUGAAAUAGAAGCUUUAGAAUUAGCUAAUAAAAAAAUGAGAAAAGAAUUAGAUCAUAUUGUCUAA